AUGAGUGUGAAAUAUGUAACUAAAUCUGAACCAUCACAUAUUUUCAACAUUAGAGAAGGAGACAAAUAUCGUGAACAUGUUCAAGCACGGAGAUUAGGUUCAAUGGAACUAAUGUUUUUGCUUUUAGGCAAAACAAUAUGUGAUUCAUCCAAUAGUGUUGAAUUUUUAACAACUGAUCCACCAACAAUGCGAAAUAAAGCCAUCAAACCUAUUAAUUAUCUUUUAAAUGAUGAAGAAUCACCAUAUUGGAAUGACCACAUUGAAAAAUAUUUUGCAAGGCCUAAUCAUGAAGAAUUCAAUGAACUAACUUAUCCAAGUUAUUUUGAGCAGUAUAACAUAAUAAAAAGUAGACCUGAUGCAAAAAAUUACCCUGUAUAUGUCGAUCUAUUAGGAAACUAUGUAGUAAAAAGAACAACAAAAAAACUAGUAAGAUUUCACUAUUUAAAAUUCCAAGAUGGUGAACAAUAUUUCUACCAACAAAUUUUAAAAAAUCUCCCAUGUAGAUCCGAGGAAGAGAUACUUGGAAAUUAUGCUACAUAUAAACAACAUUUUUUAUUUUUAUAUCCAGAAAUACAUAAUCAGUUACAACAAAAUACUGCCAAUUAUAUUAGAAACCAAGAACAAUUAAUUAAUGCCAAAUUUUCUGAAAUCAUGGAAAACAUUUUGAAUAAUCUUCAAGACCUGUUAUGUGACAAUAUUUCUCAGCUCUUACAAAUACAAUUGAAUAGCUUGAAGAUUUCUCCAAUGAUAAAUCCACAAAAUACCAUUAUAGAUCUUCCUGAUGAUCAAUUGCAUGAAAGUAAUAGUGGAUACAAAACAUUAGCAUUUUCUGAUACACAAUUUUUCAAACAACUUCAAAAAAUUGAUAUAUUAAUUAUUGAAGAAAUUUCAAUGGUGUCUGCAUUGCUGUUUACUUUUAUUUCUGAAAUGUUUGCUAAAAUACAUGAAAACACAAUUGCUUUUGGUGGGUUAAGUGUUAUUGCAGUUGGUGAUUUAGCCCAACUGCCACCUGCCUCAGGUUUGCCUGUAUAUAAAUCUUCAGUUUGGAAGCUAUUCUAUCCAUUAUUCCUACGCCAACCUCAAAGGCAAAAUCAAGAUUUUCUCUAUUACAAAGCUCUGGAAGAUAUUCGUUUUGGGAAUAUUACUCAGAAAACUCAUAACUUUUUGCUUCAAAAAUUUAAUGAAUCUCAUCAACAAAAAACACUAGAGGAAACACUUAAUACUACUUACAUUGUUGGUUAUAGAGAAACUGCAGCAAGAUUUAACAGAAUGAUCUGUAACAUGCUACCAGUUGAAAAUGAUAAAUUUUGGAUAUGUGAUGCAAUUGAUACUAUUGAUGGUAAACAAAUGGAUUUAACAGACACUAAUUAUCAAAUGGAUUAUUAA